UGGCUUCGGCUCGCUGAGCUCUACGUAAACGACGUUAGUUCGUGAGGCGCUGGCUGAGCGGUAACGUCACGGUCACGGGUAACGGUUAAACUAAAACAGCUGUAACAAUUUCCAACGACAAGCAAAACGUGCUUUGCAAAAAUGUAUUUAAGGCAAUUCAUUUUGCGCGAGUAUCAAAACAAAUUCUAAUUUGUCAACACUACGGCUAAACAAAGUUGUUACCCAGUGCUGCAAACUUCUGUGCACAUAAACGAGUGUUGACUGUGUGCGUGUCGCGCGUAAAAUGUAGAAAGUGAAAGCGAACACUGCGAAUCUCCUUUAAAGUUGAACUAAAGUGUAUUUAAAGUAAAAAAUCAUUUGAAUCAAUAAACCAAAAGCAGGCGCCAAAAAAAGAAAUGUUGAAUUUAUAUUACACACGCACAACAGCGAAAAGCGGCGCCCACUUUGCGGCAAAUGUGGCAGAGCGAAAUGCUGUGUGAAAUGUUUAUGUGAGAGAUGUUGUGAGACAAAAAGGACUCGAAAGCAGCUGUUAUUGUUGUUGCCCGAACGGGGUCAAAAGUUCGUGUGUAAGUGAGCCGGACCCCCUCUGUCUGCCUAAUUUCGCCGCAUCCACUAACUAACAGCACUAAUACUUGUUAAAAGCCCUCAAGUGCAGCUGCCUGUGUGCGCCUGUGUGUGUGUGUGUGUGUGUGUGUGUGCGUGUGAGUCAGUAAGUGUGAAAGAGAGGCCAGAGCUAGCUGGCAGAAGACGCUGUCCAGACAAAAGCGUCAGACAAGUGCGCCCAAAUAGCCUACGGAUACACACAUACAGCUAAAACACAGCUGCACAUGCAGACACUAUAAUCGUAUGUGUGUGUGUGUGUGUGUGUGAAAGACAAACUAGGCCAAUUCGCGAGCGAGACAAAACCAUAAAGCAAAGUGCAACAAAAAGUAGCAAACAAAAAAAAAGAAUAUAACUAAAAACUUCUUCUGCCACAUUUGUCAAUGACUGAGGCCAACGACUCGCGUGACUUGGAGCAUAACAAUAACCGACCCCCGCUGGGGCAGCCACCUCUCCUCUGUCUAGCUGAAGGCAAGCUUCGCGCAUAAAACAGAAGCUGGGCAAUAGAAAAGGCAAACAGCGCACGACUUUGCCCGAAGCCAAAACAGAGUUGCCUUUUGUGCCCGUCUGGCAAUUGGCCAAGUUAAUAAAGAGCGUUAGCGAGCGCGCCGGCAGACGCCGAUAAUGACGUUGCUGCAGCAGCAGCUGCUUCUGAUGUUGAUGAUGACGCUGCUAACUUGGUUAUUGCUGCCAGCAUAGAAACUGUCAGCCAGACAGAUAGACAGACAGAGCUAAAACAAAAGCGUUCCCCGUUACGCCCAGCCAACCGCCACGGCCCCACGUUCCGGUCCGGGCCAGGACCAGGCUUACUGCAUUUCCGGUUGUUGUUCCUGUCGCCGCUGUCGCCAACAUCGCCAUGCCACUCCAUAUGGCCCAGAGCAUCUGCGUGGCAUGGCUGCUGCUACUCGCUGUGAUUGUUUUAAGCGAUAUGACAAAUGGCGGCGUGCAUGGACCCAUCGAGGGCUAUAACUCGUUGGAUGAGCUGACUACAAUGCCGGCAGGGCUGGCCACGAUGCCCACCGCCGCCUACACGCAUCCCAAAUGGAUGGAGCCAUAUUUUGAUCCCUCAACGCCACGCAAUGUCACCGCCCUCAUGGGCAAAUCCGCGUAUCUCAGUUGCCGCGUGCGCAAUUUGGCCAACAAAACGGUCUCCUGGAUACGGCAUCGGGACAUACACAUAUUGACAGUGGGCUCCUAUACGUACACGUCCGAUCAGAGGUUUCAGGCCACACAUCAUCAGGAUACCGACGACUGGACGCUGCAGAUAAAGUGGGCCCAAAAGCGAGAUGCGGGCAUGUACGAGUGCCAGAUAUCAACGCAGCCCGUUCGCAGUUAUUUUGUACGUCUGAAUGUUGUCGUGCCAACGGCGACCAUACUUGGCGGACCUGACCUUCACGUUGAUAAAGGCAGCACCAUAAAUCUCACUUGCACUGUAAAGUUCAGCCCCGAGCCGCCGGCCUACAUCUUCUGGUACCAUCACGAGGAGGUCAUUAAUUAUGAUUCAUCAAGAGGCGGCGUGUCGGUAAUUACCGAAAAGGGCGAUGUGACAACCUCAUUUCUGCUCAUACAGAAUGCAGAUCUGGCCGAUUCCGGCAAAUACUCGUGCGCCCCCUCGAACGCAGAUGUUGCCAGCGUGCGUGUGCAUGUUCUAAAUGUUCGGGCCAUAAUUUCAGGUGAACAUCCGGAGGCAAUGCAAACUGGCUCAUCCGGUUGCCAGUACAAUUGGCUGACAAUUGUCAUGCUGCUGGGCCUGGUGCUCGGUUACAGUCAGCGGCAGCAGCAGCAUUGUGCCACACUCGCCACAUGGGGCACUCGCAGCCGAGACGUCACGCUCGCGGCCAGUGAAAGUGACAUCCGAAGAACAACAACAUCAUCAGCAGCAGCAGCGGCAACAGCAGCUGCGAAACGUGCUGCUGCUGGCGGCGGCCUUGAAGCGUCGCCUGCGGCCAGCCGCAGCAGCAGCAACAGUCGACAGGCGUGCCACGCCCACGCCCACGCCCACGCUAAACGCAGCUGCCACAGAUGAUCGCAUGCAGCCGGACUUAACAACGCGAACUAAGCAGCCACAUGAAAUGUGUGCGCGAAUGUAUCCACAAUGUGUAUGUAUCUAUAUAUCUCAAUGUGUAUGUAUCUGUAUCUGUAUCUGUAAGUGCAUAUGACGGUCACGACUAGCUAAAUACUGGCAUAUUUAGUUAUUUGUCAAGUCCUGUUGCCAGUUAUAAACUAGCAAUUCAUAUGUGUACAACUCUUAAGUAGAUGCUGCCGCACUCCUAACAAAAAUGUUCCCUCGCCC